AUGAUUAUUCAAUCACUUCUAAGGAUUUAUUGUCAAAUUAGAUUUGCACAAUAUCUCCUUCAAUUUUUUGCAAAUAUAAUCAUACCUGACCAUGAUGCGAACGUUUUCUACCCACCGUCAUGGCCAUCAGCAAAUCAAACACUAGUUGACACAUCUAUCGAACGAUUUUUCUCCGGUUUACGCCGUUGGGAUGCUGUACAUUUCCUUCACAUAGCCAGAUAUGGUUAUAUCUAUGAAAAUUCUCUUGCAUUCUUUCCAACAUAUCCACUAGUAUUCAUUCGUCCAUUUGCUUAUUUAUUGAAAUUAGUUCUACAAGAAUCCAAUUCUUAUUUAUUAAGUUCAAUUUUGAUCAACUUCUUUCUGGGAUUUUGCAAUACAUAUUUAAUUUAUAAGAUCGCUUUGAAAUAUCAUCUGACACCCAAUCAUGCUUAUUGGUCUGCAAUACUUUAUAUCAUCAAUCCAGCAACGAUAUUUUUCAUUGCUCCAUAUUCGGAAACGUUAUUUCUAUUCACUCAAUUAUUAGGUCAUUAUUUUUUACAAUCUCAUCGUGUAUUCUAUUCGUAUUUAUGUUUUGCAUUGGGUUCGACAACACGUUCGAAUGGUAUCGUUUCAUUCGCUUUUAUCGUCUAUUAUUAUCUACGACAACGACGAAUCUUUCCAUUAUACUAUCUUAUUCUCUUCAUUUGCCCAUUCUUUAUGACGCAAUACUAUUUAUAUAAAGAAUAUUGUUUCGAAAAGAAAAUUUCCUUCGAAUUUCAAAUCUAUGGCUCUCAAAAUGAUUUGGCUAUGCCAUUAAGUAACUUCUCAUCGGAAUGGUGUCGAAAAAUACUCCCGUUCUCGUAUCAAUAUGUCCAAAAAACGUAUUGGAAUGUUGGUUUCUUGAAAUAUUACACUUGGAAACAGAUCCCGAAUUUUCUGUUAGCUAUUCCAGUUUAUCUUCUCAUUAGUAAAUCGAUAAUCACCUGGUUUCAAUUGAUUAAACCAGAUCUCUGGAAGAGAAAGUUCGAUUUUUUAUUUACAAAUAAAACCGACGAAAAAAUCAAUAUUUGGUUGGCGAGAAAAGAUCUUCUUCCUCACGUUAUUUACAUGCUUUUUUUAAGUUGCUUUGCAUUAUUCGUCAUGCACAUACAAGUAGCAACACGUUUUCUUUUUUCCAGCGGCCCAUUCUUAUAUUUGAUUUCGGCUGAUCAACUCAAACAAGACGAUAUAAAAAAUGGAAAUCUUAGAAGAAUUCUUUAUUUAUUUAAGAAACAAACAUUUCUUUUCUAUUAUUAUAUGACUUACGUGAUUAUUGGAAUUUGUCUUUUUUCAAAUUUUUUACCAUGGACAUGA